AAUUCUAAUUAUACAUUAAUUUAAUCUACCGAUUACGACAAAUUGACAAAUUAAGUCAAGUUAAUCUAGAGAUUACACUUUAUAAUUGCUGGAAAUGGACAAUAACGUGUUUGUAUGAGCCCUCGAUUGGCGCUCCUGCUUUCCGAUUCUAGAUACAAGCCUGUCAAGACGAUCUUCGCCUGGGUAAGAAAACGCAGGUUCGCGCGUGCGCGAAACUUUUGCGUCGAUUUUCCGGCGUGUCGUCGCUUCAUUUGUGCGAUAAAGUAAACAAUGCUGGUAAAUGGCGUUUGUUACGGUGAGCGAUACAAAGUUAAACAAUUGCGUUUGCAUGCAAAUUGCGCAUUUUUUAUGCGCAUUAUAGUUGUACGUACGUACAGGGUCUUCUGAUCAAUCUGACAGGUCUGGUGCGCACGCGCAUCCGUCUACGCGUAAGCAAAUAAAAAGUGAAACAUGCGCGUAUUCACGCGUAUUCAGAUUCGCGUUGAACGUAUAUACAUAUAUCUCUUUAUUUAUACACUUAAGUUGCGUAUUAAUUGUGUUUAAAAUGUCGAUGAACUUAAUCAGAAAGAUUAAUGUGAUAGUGGGCGAGUUGUAAGAUACGUAAGAAACUGUGACAACAAGUAUUGUAUGUCAACAUCGACCAAAACAUGAGUCUUCUUCAUGUCAGUGAAGAGGGCUGGAUUGUGUCUCACUUGCAGUACCUCAACGAGAUAUACAGGAAGGUCCGAUAUGAAAAUGGAUUUUGUGCUUUAGGCUUCAACAAAAUGAUAUUCGAGAUUAAUUCUCAGUACUUGAGACAAAAUCAGAUUGCUCAAGCUGUCCAGGAGUCUCAUGAGAGUACCACUGCAGCAUACAAAAAAAAGAGGAAGAGGAAUUGUUCGCAGCAACUGCCGCAAAAAGAUCUGGCGGAAGUUGAUCGCGUUAAACAAGCGUUCUGUGUAAUGAUGACUGCUGCAAGAGGCAAAGGCCUCUUUUCCCAGAACAACUUUGAUAACAACGAGGUAGCGCGUUUGGCCUCUAUGAGAUUCUAUCAGGAUACCUAUUCUCUCAAGGAUGAGAACCUGUAUGGAUCCAACGACACCGAUGACACUAUUGUAUACAAGGCUCAUGAUAAGAAAUAUGUAUUUCCAAGAAAAUGUACAUUUUACUCCUAUGACGUAAGGGACAUAGAAAAAAAGAUGGAGCUGGAUAAUCAGUAUGAUUUUAUAUUGCUGGAUCCACCUUGGUGGAAUAAGUCGAUCAGAAGGAAAAAGAUGAAAUAUGCGGAGGCCAGUUACAAAAUGAUGUACAAUGAAGAAUUGGUCAAGAUACCGAUAAGAAAACUAUUACAUUCAGAUGGUAUCGUAGCUGUCUGGUGUACUAAUUCAUCUAGUCAUUUGAAUAGUAUCUUCAAUGAAAUAUUUCCAUCCUGGGGUAUUACUUAUAGAGCUAAAUGGUAUUGGCUCAAAGUGACACAGGCAGGUGAUACGAUAUGUAAUUUUAACUCAGCACCUGGAAAGCAACCUUAUGAAUUACUGAUAUUAGGGACUGCAUUGGAAAAGGGUAAAGUCGAUAUUCCUGAUGGCAGGCUAAUGAUCAGCGUACCUAGCGCAGUACAUUCUCAUAAGCCACCUCUCACAGAAAUUAUAAAGGAAUAUCUCCCUAACGAGCCAAAAUGUCUGGAGAUCUUCGCAAGAUACUUAUUGCCUGGAUGGACGAGUUGGGGUCUAGAAAUCUUAAAGUUCCAACAUUUGUCGCUUUAUGAAAUUGUAGAUGAAUGUAAAAAAGACGAAAAUGAUGCCGAUAGCACAAGGAGCGAAAAUGAGAACAAGGAGCAAUCAUAAAAAUGUGUUCUGUAGUUCCAUUCUUUAAUGAAAUUCGGUAACCGUGUGGAUUCAUCGUCUGCCACCUCCAGAAGUCUUCACCUAUGCUCAAGGAUGUUUCAUUAUUAGAUUGAUUUUUUGAGAGUUUGUGUUUAAACUAAGACGA